GCCGCAGCGUCGGGGAAGGCCACACGUGGAGCUGCUAGGUUUAGGAACUUCCGGGCUGCACCAUGGACACGCCGCUGAGGCGCAGCCGGCGGCUGGAAGGCCUAGAUCCUGAGAAAACCUCCUCCGUCUCGAAGGCGAAACGGGCGCUUGGGCAGUUCGAGACGACCGUAGAAGACAGGAAGGAGCCCGGGUCCCCUCUGAGAGUGCCGCAACACGGCCUGGAGUCUCCCCCUCAUCAGCCGGAGACAAGCCCCGGGCCGCCCAGUCCGCGGCAGGAUGAAGACUUGGGGUCCCCCCGAAGAAGACACUCAGAGACGAGCCAAGGGUCCCCACUGCGUCAGCAAGAUGGGGUCCUGGAGUCGCCUCCAAGUCAGCCAGAGCCAAGGCCUGAGCCCCCACCCACGGAAUCGCCGAAGAUUUCCCAGGACUCGGAGGUGGCCGGGGGUAAGGAGGCGCUGACCUCGGAGUCCCCCCAUGGUCAGCUGCAGCCGGGCCCCGGCUCUCCAGAGCCUUACCCGGGUCAGCAAGCGCCAGGUCCUGAGCCUUCGCAGCCACAGCAGAAGCUGACACCCCAGGUCCCCUGCAGCCCAGAGCGCCAGCAGGAGCCUCGCAAGCCGCCGGUGGCCGGGCAGACGACCACAGGCAGCCUGGGUUCAAAGAAGCGGAAGGGAUCGUCAGCCCAGACUCCUGUGCCCAAAAUUCCGAAGAAGGAGGAGAAGGAGGAAUGUCCUGUGAUCCCGAAGGGAAAGCCCAAAUCUGGGCGCGUGUGGAAGGACCGCUCCAAGAAGAGGUUCUCCCAGAUGGUCCAGGACAAGCCUCUGCGCACCUCCUGGCAACGAAAGAUGAAGGAGAGGCAGGAGAGGAAGCUGGCCAAGGACUUUGCCCGGCACCUGGAGGAAGAGAAGGAGAAGCGCCGGCAGGAGAAGAAGCAGCGCCGGGCUGAGAACAUCAGGCGCCGCCUGGAGAAUGCACGGAAAGCAGAGAUCGUCCAGGUGAUCCGGAAUCCAGCCAAGCUCAAGCGGGCGAAGAAGAAGCAACUACGCAGCAUUGAGAAGCGGGACACCCUGGCCCUCCAGCAGAAGCAGCCACCCUCGCGGCCAGCAGCCCAGGUCUGAAGCCCGAACACCCUCCACAGCCAGGAGAGACAGAUGGCUCUACCGGGACCAGUACUCCAGCCCUGGGGGCUCAGGUGAAGCCUCAGGCUGGACGGGGCUCCUGAGCCCUGAAGCAGUCCAAAGGAAGUCAGCAUCCCCUUCUCCACGUGCCUUCAGACUGAGGACAGCACCUUCUUGCUCAGUGGCGUGUGGGCGUCCAGCCGGAACUGGAGGCCUGUAGUCAGAAACCACCUCUUCCUGCCGCAGCACUGGAAGGUCCCUCAUCAGGGAGUCUGCAGGAGCGAGGCUCCUCAAUGCUCCUCAGUCCACACUAGACUGCAGAAUCCCCCGAGACUGGACAGUGUGCCUGUGCCGUCCAAGCAGAAGCAUUUACUGAAUGCCUGUUGCAUACACAUCCAUUGGUGGGCACCAAAGGAAACAAACUCACUGAAGUCCUUGCCCUCGGGGAGCUUCUAUUCAUUCUGAUAGAAUCCAUAAUAAAGGAGUAA